AAACAUCAUUGUUUUAUGCUGUGAUAUAUUAAUUAUUAUUUUAAAUAUUGUUAGUGUUAUUAUUAAUUAUUAUUUAGUUUAAAUUUCAUGAGGAUUAAUUAUUUUUUACAUUUUUUAACAACAAUUAUUACACUUGUUUCUAGUGCCAAUCAAUUACGAAAUGAUUCAACAAUUAAUACAGUAGAAGAUUUUCUUGAUACACUUAUCAAUUCAUCGAGAUAUGAUAGAAGAAUUCGACCAUUUUUUGAUCAACAAAAAGCAUGCAAUGUUACAAUGACGAUUCAUAUUAAUACAAUUUCCGCAAUCAAUGAAGUUAAUAUGGAUUAUAAUACUGAUUUGAUAUUUCGACAAAGUUGGUAUGAUCCACGUCUAAAUUAUUCAGGAACUGAUUGGGCCGAUAGAAGUCCUCAAAUAACGUUACAUUACAGUUUAAUCGAUCGUAUAUGGGUUCCAGAUUCAUUUUUUCGAAAUGCUAAAGAAGGAAAACGAAGUGAUAUAACAGUACCAAAUCGUCUUAUACGUAUACAUAAAGAUGGAAAAGUUUUAUAUAGUCAAAGAUUACUUUUAAAACUCGAUUGUCAAAUGAAAUUACAAAAAUUUCCAUUAGAUAAUCAAACAUGUGUUGUUAACAUUGGCAGUUAUGGAUUCGGUACGACCGAUUUGGCCUUUUUCUGGGAUGAAAGCGGAAAUGUUAGUGCUAUUCGUGUUAAUGAAGAUCUAGAAAUGCCCGAUUUUGUUUUAUCAAAUCAUGAAGCAAGAUAUUGUAAUAGAACCACAGCAACAGGCAAAUAUGCAUGUAUAGAAGUUCAUCUGUUAUUACAACGGAACAUUAAUCUAUAUUUACAACAAAUCUUUUUACCAAGUACAUUAAUAGUAACUCUAUCAUUUAUUUCAUUUUGGAUUGAUUAUAAAAGUGCACCAGCACGAACAUUACUCUCAUUAUUGAGUAUAGUUACAAUAACAGCAAAGUCAGCAGGCAAUUUUACAUGUUUACUUGUUGUUUUGCAUUUAAAACGAUUAUUUGGAUAUUAUUUAGUGCAAGUAUAUAUACCGAGUAUGCUCAUUGUUAUUCUAUCAUUUGUUUCAUUUUGGAUUGAUCAUAAAUCGGUGCCAGCUCGAAUUUCAGUUGGUCUUCUUACAGUUUUAACAGUAACUACACAAAGUUCAGGUAUUCGAUCCCAACUUCCACGUGUGUCUUAUAUUAAAGCAAUAGAUGUUUGGAUGAGUGCUUGUCUUGUUUUUGUAUUUGCUGGUUUAUUGGAAUAUGCUCUUGUGAACGUAAUUGCUCGAAAAGGCGAACUAAAACAACAAGUACGAUUUUCGAAGGAGGUCAUUGGAAAUCGUCUCGCUCAUGUCCACUUUUAUCGUCAAAAAGAGGCUAUUGGUAGCGCUGAUACAAUGGAAACAUUAGUAACUAAACGAAACAACGGUGGUGGAGGUGGCGGUGGUGGUGCUGCCAGUGGUGGUCAAUAUUCGUCAAUAUCACCAUCAUCACCAUCAUUAUCAAAUUCUGUGCCACCCGUGCAAGCUCAAAUUAUUGUUCCACAAGCAUCGCCUGUAUCAAAAGCUGCCAAGCCCGUCCGAGACAAUGCACAAUUUGUAAAAUACUAA